GCUGCUGGGUGACAGGGCAGCUGGGUGGGCUGUGGGCUGGCAGGGCCCCUCCUAACUCUCACACACCCCUGGCUGUCCUCAGGGUCCCAUGGCCAUGCAGGCAAGGAGAGACUUCAGGAGAGGUGAGGCCCAGGGACAGCAGCCCCUCCUGCCCCACCUCAGGAGCCCCUACUCACCCCCUCUUUCCCUCAGGUUCUGCCCCACGGCUGAUAUCCGAGUGGAAGCAGGUGUGGUCACCGUGGAAGGACUUUCUGAGCAGGACAGCGUGCAGCCCCCUUCGCCCCCAGCUGCAGGAGCUCCCCAGGAGGUGACAUAUGCUCAGCUGGACCACCAUCGCCUUGCCCAGAGAGCAGCCCCAGCCGGAUCCCCACAGCCCCCUGAGACCAAGGCCCAGUCCAGCAUGUACGCGGACCUGGCCUGGCACUGAGCAGCCCAAGACAUUGGGAGUCACUCCCACAAAAGACACAGGGGCCUCUGGAGGGCAUCCCAGGUGGCCCCCCUCUCUGCUCACUGAGGAGCUGGAGGCGGAGACCCCUACUCACUGCAGGAAGGUCAGGACCCCUGCCUCCUCAGCCAAACGGGACCCUGUGCAGAAUGCAAGCUCUGUUUCUCUGGCCUGGCCACUGUCACAGGCAGCUCAGGGAGCCCAGCUGUCUGCCCCACCAUGGAGCCAGCACUGCUCUCUGGCUCCUCCCCCAGCUGGGAACUGACUGGUGUCUCAUAGUCCAGCAGUGCCCAGAGCCUCCUCACCAGGGAAGGCAGGAGGAGGUGGUGAGACAAGACGUGGCCCCCGAGGACCCAGCUGUGCACAGAGACAGACUCGCUGUCACUGCUGCCUGUCCCCACCCCCAGAGGCAGGUGGGCUCUGGUCACCUGGGGGCCAAGUGGACUGGAGACUGUGAGGAGGACCAUGGGGGUCCUGUGCUCCCCUGCUGUCGAGGGAGCCUGGAGGUCACAUGGUGGCCUGUCACUGGAGCAGAGUCUGCAAGGCAGUGGCUGCUGUGUUCCAGGCUCUGUCACCUGAGGCUCUGACCUCGGCUCUGAAGCCCCUCUCUGGACAGGCCCUGUCCCCAGCACCGAUGACACACAUGUCCCCUCUUGAGUCUCCCCUUCCUCUGGGCCCACCCCUUACGAGACCCUCUGCUGCUGUGCAGUCACUUCACAUGCACCUGCCCCUCCAGUUCGGGCUGUGGUUCAGUCUCUGUCCGGGGUCCUUGGCACCAGGGACCCUCCAGCCUGAGUCCCAAAAGCACCCCUUCCUGACUCACUCUCCCACCUCACCUGCUCCUUCUGUGGAGCUGGCGUGAAAGCUGCCAGCUCUCCUCCUGCUGAGCCCUCCUGGUGAGGACCCUGCCUGAGGUUCUGACUCUCCUGCUGGGAAUAGGCCAUGACAGACCACCCAUCUCCUUCCCUGCCCCUCGGCCCUCAGAUUUCCUGGGAGCACACAGCCCUGGCUGCCUGUGUUGGGAGGAGGUGAGCUGCUGUCAGCGUGGUCACCAACGCUCUUCUGCACCUGUCUGUGGCAGGAGGGGACUCUACCACCUUCCCCACACCCUCCUUGAAGUCUUGGCAGGGCAUCCCGGGGCUUCUGUGGGCCCAGGCUUGGGGUGAAGCCAGCUAUGUCACAUGGCGGGGUGGGCCAGGGGUCCCUUCACAGGGAGACCCCACACUGUAGACGUGGCACUUGGCUGUCUCUGUCCUAUCUGUGAAGUCCCCAGAGCCCUCCUGGCAGCCACCCCAGUUAAGAUGGGUGUCAGGGCAGUAAUCGCGUGGCCCUACCUUGGUCCCUGGCACCACAGGAGCAGGACUGGUGCACUGAAUCUCUCAUGAACAAGGAAAUCUGUUCUUUAUUUAUUUGUUCCUUGCCAGCAAGCUACAGCUAGGACUUAGAGCCUCAUCAGGAAUCUGCCACUCUUGGCAGCCAUUCUUCCUUUCUUUUCCUCUUCUUCCUCUCCCUCUUCUGCUUCCCACUCUCUUUCUUCUUCUUCUUCUUCUUCUUCUUCUUCUUCUUCUUCUUCUUCUUCUUCUUCUUCUUCUUCUUCUUCUUCUUCUUCUUUGUUAUUUGAUAGGACAGACAGAACUUGAGAGGGGAGGGGAGAGUUAAGAGGAAGAGAGAGACAGAGACAGAGACACAGAGAGAGACCUGCAACCCUGCUCCACUGCUCAUAGCAUCCCCUCCGCAGGUGGGGAGCUGGGGCUCGAACCCGGAUGCUCACACAUGCUAUUAUGGGCUCUUAAGCAGCUGUACCACCGCCUG